AAAAACUUUGAAGAGUCAAUUUCAGUCAUCGAUCUAAUUCUCUCUCUCUCUCUCUCUCUCGCUCCGUACAGACCUAGCCCCGUUUUCUCUCUCAACGAUUUCGCCCUCGCUCCCAUUUCCGUCGUGCUUGGUCAUUGGUGAUUGCGCCAUUGCUUCUUUGUGUGGCUUUAUUGUCACUCCUGCUCUCUCGCGUUCUCUCUUCUGUGUUCAUUUUUGCAUCCCUUUAGCUGGAGCUCCGACCAGAUGGGGGAACUGGCGACUGAGAAGCAUGUUAAAUACAUACUAUCCGUUGAAAAGAGAAAGGAUGAUUUUCAAUCCGUGGUGAUGGAACAUCUAAGAAUGAAUGGUGCAUACUGGGGGCUGACUGCACUGGAUAUUCUUGGAAAGCUCGACAUUGUAGACGCUGAUGAGGUUAUUUCCUGGGUCAUGUCAUGCCAACACCAGUCUGGUGGUUUUGCUGGCAAUGUUGGACAUGAUCCGCACAUACUUUACACCCUUAGUGCUGUGCAAGUCUUAGCACUUUUUGACAAGUUGGAUGUUUUAGAUGCUGAUAAGGUGACAGAUUAUGUUGUUGGCCUUCAAAAUGAAGAUGGCUCCUUUUCAGGGGAUAUUUGGGGUGAAGUUGAUUCAAGAUUUUCAUAUAUUGCAAUUUUAUGUCUAUCAUUGUUACAUCAAUUGGAUAAAAUCAAUGUUGAGAAGGCUGUGAACUUCAUCGUUAGUUGCAAAAAUAUGGAUGGUGGUUUCGGAUGCAUACCUGGUGGAGAGUCGCAUUCUGGGCAAAUUUUCUGUUGUGUCGGUGCUCUUGCUCUUACGGGGUCUCUUCACCAUAUUGACAAGGAUCUUCUUGGUUGGUGGUUGUGCGAGCGGCAAGUCAAGUCUGGAGGUCUUAACGGUCGCCCUGAAAAACUUCCCGAUGUUUGCUACUCGUGGUGGGUUCUUUCUAGCUUGAUCAUGAUUGACAGGGUUCACUGGAUUAAUAAGGAAAAGCUCGUGAAGUUCAUCUUAGACUGCCAGGAUACAGAAAAUGGAGGAAUUUCAGAUAGGCCAGACGAUGCUGUUGAUGUCUAUCACACUUACUUUGGAAUAGCAGGACUUUCACUUCUUGAAUAUCCAGCGUUGAAAGCCAUAGAUCCAGCAUACGCUCUACCAGUCGACGUCGUGAAUAGGAUUCGUCUCAGAAAAAAGCUUGCUGUCUAAGUGAGUUAUACCUUUCUUCCAACUUCUGGUAACUUAAAUCCCUUAUCACUUGUCAAGGUUAGCUCUUGAAUCAUGAAUUUUGGUGUGGCCACUUUGGGGUCAGCGGAAAUUUGAAACUUGUCUGUGCUUCCAUAUGAUCAUAUAUAGGUUUUAGCCCCAUGAAGAGAGAUGAAUCAUGUACUGUCUUGUAGGCCAAUAGUCAAUGUCACCGGCAGGGUUUGAAAUGUGGAAUGAUUUGGAAAUUGCCUAUUGAUUUCAUCUUGUUUUCCUUUGCAUUUCAAUGUUGUACCUGUCCAUAUUUAAAGGUCAAGGUGAUUAAGUAAACUAUCAUGUUAUACUUCAAUGCAAUUCUUUUAGCCAAAA